GUACUGUUAAAUUAUGAAGGCAUUUUGAGGUCCUAAUCGACAAUGGAGGAAACAGACAGGGAAGCAGUUGCAACAGCUGUUCAGAGAGUGGCGGGAAUGCUUCAGCGCCCUGAUCAGCUGGAUAAAGUGGAGCAGUAUCGCAGGAGGGAAGCUCGUAAGAAGGCUUCGGUUGAAGCUCGACUCAAGGCAGCAAUCCAGUCGCAGUUAGAUGGAGUACGGACAGGUUUAAGUCAACUGCACAACGCACUGAACGAUGUAAAGGACAUUCAGCAGUCUUUGAUAGAUGUCAAUAAGGACUGGAGACAGAGCAUCAACACCAUAGAAAACCUCAAGGAUGUUAAGGACGCUGUAGUGCAACACAGCCAACUGGCAGCCGCUGUGGAAAAUCUCAAGAACAUCUUUUCAGUUCCAGAGAUAGUCAGGGAGACCCAAGACCUGAUUGAGCAAGGGGAACUUCUGCAAGCUCAUCGAAAACUGAUGGAUUUAGAGUGCUCUCGUGAUAACCUGAUGUAUGAGCAGUAUCGCAUGGACAGCAAAAACACACAUGACAUGAACCUCAUCCAUACAUACUUUGGGGAUAUGCAGAAACUUUCGGAGGAGUUGGGAAAGCAGCUUUGGAUGGUGGUUCAAAGAUCUCUUGUUACAGUCCGUCGAGAUCCAACCUUGCUUGUUUCUGUCGUUAGGAUAAUUGAGAGGGAGGAGAAAAUUGACAGACGCAUGUUAGACCGGAAAAAACAAACUGGUUUCAUACCUCCUGGCAGACCAAAGAAGUGGAAAGAAAAAAUGUUCAACAUUUUGGAAAGAACUGUGAGCACACGAAUUGAAGGCACUCAAGCAGAUACUAGAGAGUCUGACAAAAUGUGGCUUGUGCGCCACCUAGAAAUCAUACGUAAAUACGUCCUUGAUGACCUCCUCGUGGCCAAAACCCUGCUGGAUCAAUGUUUUCCUCCACAUUAUGACAUUUUCAACAAAUUGCUAAACAUGUACCAUCAAGCUUUAUCCACCCGCAUGCAAGAGCUUGCUGCAGAGGAUCUGGAAGCGAAUGAGAUUGUUAGCCUUCUGUCCUGGGUUCUAAAUACAUACAAAAGUGCAGAGAUGAUGGGAAAUUCAGAACUGUCUCCCGAAGUGGAUGUAAAUUCUCUGAAUCCUCUGAUUUCACAAAACGUGGUAGACCAGCUUCUCAGCAAGUACAUGUCAACACUUACUUCUAACAUCAUUGGCUGGCUACGAAAAGCACUGGAGACAGAUAAAAAAGACUGGAUUAAAGAAACUGAACCCGAAGCAGACCAAGAUGGGUACUAUCAGACUACACUCCCAGCUAUUGUUUUUCAGGUAUAAGAGAACUUGGUUAUUCUAGAAAAUCUAGAGAAGCAGCACAUGGAUUUUGGGGAAUGGAGGGACGGGAGGGGGAGACCAAACUGUUUGGAAUGCCGUUGUUUCUGUGUCUAUUGA